CGGAACGAAGCAUGGAGGGCCUCUCCCGGGGGGGGCACCGCUGCCCGCCCCUGCCUCUGGCGAUGGGGUUGUGCUGCUGCCUGCUGCUGCCGCCCGCUGCCGGCUCCUGGAGCGUGCAGCCCCGCAGUAAUUGGUGCUCCUACACGGUGACGAGGACGGUGACGUGCCUGGUGCAGAAUGGCACCUCCCUGCAGCGUGUCUUCCAGGGCUGCCGCUGGCCGCCGGGCUGCGGAGGGGGCAGCUAUCGCACCGUCAUCCGGCCUGCGUAUCGAGUGGCCUACAGGACGCUGACGGCGCUGGAGUGGAAGUGCUGCCCUGGGCACAGUGGGGCCAACUGUGAGGAAG